UAUUGCUACAAAAACAAUUUGAAUUGGAAGUAAAGCUCAAAAAUUGUGACCUAAGAUCAGACGUCAGAUAUAAAAUUGAAGUAAACUGAUAGGCCCUACCCUACUCCGACCACACCUCUCGUUGGGUUGCACCACUGUUUCAAUCACUGGGCUGCAACUGCUGCUUAUAUAUAUGGUCCCAAGCAUAUCUUACUGCUGCUCUAUGCAAUGGAGAUGAAACCAGCUGGGAUGGAUUUGACUAACCAGAAGAACAAGGCUGAGGAAGAUGGGAAACAAGAGGAGGAGAGUAAGAUUAAGAACAUGAAACUUGGAGGCAUCAAAACAAUGCCAUUCAUUCUCGCAAAUGAAAUAUGUGAUAGAUUUGCUGCUAGUGGAUUCCAUAGCAACAUGAUAACAUACCUAACUCAGGAACUAAACAUGCCCCUGGUUCAAGCCUCCAACACCCUCACCAUUUUUAGUGGAACCGCCAGCUUUACUCCCCUCAUUGGUGCUUUGAUUGCUGACUCGUUUGCUGGACGCUUUUGGACAAUCACUAUUGGUUCCAUUUUUUAUGAACUGGGCUUGGUUAGCAUCACCAUAUCGGCAGUGCUACCAUCUCUUCGUCCGCUACCGUGCUCGACUAAAGAAAACUGCCAGGAAGCUUCAACAUUUCAGCUGUGGAUAUUGUACAUUUCUCUUCUCCUCACAUCUCUUGGCACCGGUGGCAUUAGGCCUUGUGUUGUAACAUUCGCUGCUGACCAAUUUGACAUGGAUAAACCAAGCACUGCUCGAUCUACGAAAUGGAAUUUCUUCAAUUGGUACUAUUUUAGCAUGGGAUUAGCCACAUUGACUGCCUUGACUGUGGUGGUUUACGUGCAAGACAAUGUGGGCUGGGGUUGGGGUCUUGGGAUCCCAACAAUAGCCAUGGUUAUAUCUAUCGUAACCUUUCUUAUAGGUUCACCCCUCUAUAGGAAAAUGAAACCAGGUGGAAGUCCAUUGAUUAGAUUGGCUCAAGUGAUUGCUGCAGCUGUGAAAAAAAGAAAGGAAAUUGUACCUGCGGACCCCAAGCUCCUGUAUCAGAACAAAGAGCUUGAUGCAGCUAUUUCUGUUCAUGGAAGACUUCUACAUACAAAUCAAUACAAAUGGUUUGACAAAGCUGCAAUAGUAAUAGAAAGUGAGGCUAAAAAUUCCAACCCACCAAAUCUCUGGAGGCUGGCAACAGUUCAUAGAGUUGAAGAGCUAAAAACCAUAAUCCGAAUUUUGCCAAUUUGGGCUGCUGGAAUUCUACAUGUCGCCUCAUCCUCACACCAGCAAAGCUUCACCAUCCAACAAGCUCAAACCAUGGACCGUCACUUAUCCAAAUCCUUCGAAAUCCCACCAGCCAGUUUGUCCAUCUUUGGCAUCCUAACCAUGCUAUUCGGACUAGUUUUAUACGAACGCCUCUUCGUGCCAUUCGCAAGACGGUUCACAGGCAACCCCAAGGGAGUAACAUGUUUACAAAGAAUGGGCAUUGGUUUCGGAGUCAACAUCCUAACAACACUCGUUGCAUCAUUUGUUGAGAUGAAAAGGAAAUCAGUUGCAGGCAAUCAUAACUUAUUGGAUGAUCCAAAAGCCAUAAUUCCCAUCAGUGUGUUCUGGUUAGUUCCUCAAUUUUGCCUCAAUGGGGUAGCAGAGGUUUUCAUGUCAGUCGGACACCUUGAAUUCCUGUAUGACCAGUCACCUGAAAGCAUGAGAAGCACAGCUGCAGCCCUGUAUUGGACAGCAAUAGCAAUAGGAGACUACAUCGGGACAUUGCUGGUAUCACUUGUCCACAAAUACACUGGUCAAAAAAGGAACUGGUUGCCUAACAGGAAUCUCAACAGGGGAAGAUUGGAAUACUACUAUUGGCUUGUUAGCGGGAUCCAAGUUGUGAAUCUGAUUUACUACAUAAUUUGUGCUCGGCUUUAUACUUACAAGCCAUUGGAACAGGUCAAGGAAGAAGAUGGUGAAUUUGAUGAAAAUAAGGUUUCAGAAAAUGUAGAGCUUGCUAGAAAUGAAACAGCUUAGAAUUUGCUGCUGCAGGGAAUUACAUGGUUGACUCCCUAAUCGGAUGGCAAA